AUGUCUCAAAGCAGCUCCCUCAAAGGGAGUGCCUUGACAUGGACCGUGAUCCAAGCCAUCAUCUCCUCCUUGGAUAAUUUCAGCACAUUCAUUCUGAAUGACUCGGAUUUUGCGCGGUUUUCAAAGAAACCUUCCAGUGCCCUCUGGUCUCAACUCAUUACAGUUCCAGUCUCAUUCUCAGUCACUUCCCUGGUUGGUUUGAUCGUCUCCAGCUGCAGCGCUACAUUAUACGGUUCCCCGCUUUGGAAUCCUUUGGACGUCUUGGAGCGAUUUGUUACCGACAGUCCAUCCAGCAGCGACAGGGCCGGGGUUUUCUUCCUCGCUCUAAUCUUUGUCUAUGCUCAGGCCAUGACAAACCUGACAGGUGCAAACUCUGCGGGAAGUGACUUUACCGCUCUGUUUCCUCGAUACCUCAAUAUUCGACGUGGUGGCAGCAACAACUUCUUAGCAUACGUCGGUGCCUACAGUGUCUUCCUUUCUGCUUUCGUCGGACCGUAUUUCUGUGAUUACUUCAUCGUCCGCCGAGGCCAUCUUGUCGUUGAUCAGUUGUACUCCAACAAGUCGUCCGAUCUCUACUGGGGCUUGGGCGGGUUUGGCAUCAACGCUUACGUGGGAUACCUAUUCGGACCUUUCAAGGUCGAAUGUAACAAGAGCUGGAAUGAAACGGGAGAUGCAGCCCUCAUUCCAUCGAUCAUGAUUAAUGGUGUUGAUCCAUAUGCACAGGCCAGGGGAGAUUCAGAAGCCAGCGUCGUUGUUGGAACAAAGGACAGCGAGGUGCAGUCUGUUGUGGAGACGUUCAAGCAUUAA